CAGAAGGCAGCUCAGCUGACUAAUUCAGAUAUUGAGACAUUCUGAUAUAUUACAGUUAUUUUAAUAGAUUUUUAAAAAAAAUCAGUUUAAAGCAAUCAAAAACAAUGGGAGCUGCUCAAAGCUUUAGGGACAUGUGUGAUCGUGAAAAAAAUACGAAUAUUCGUUUGAGUCUUCCAGCCGUUUGCAUUGUGUGGCAAACAUCCAUGAUCAUCUUGUUUGGGGUUUUUAUUCGUUACAAUCCUGAGGCGGAUCCACACUGGGCAGAGUACAAAAAAACCCACAAUUUAACUGACAUUGAGAAUGACUUCUACUUCAGGUAUCCAAGUUUCCAAGAUGUCCAUGUGAUGAUCUUUGUUGGAUUUGGCUUCCUCAUGACAUUUCUCAAGCGAUACAGCUUCGGGGGAGUAGGUUUCAACUUCCUCAUCGCUUCCUUUGGUCUCCAGUGGGCACUCCUUAUGCAGGGCUGGUUCCACUCACUGGACUACACUGAUGGGAAGAUCAAAAUUGGAGUUGAAAACCUGAUCAAUGCUGAUUUCUGUGUGGCCAGCUGCUUAAUUGCCUACGGGGCGCUGCUUGGAAAAGUCAGUCCAGUCCAGCUGAUGGUUCUGACUUUGUUUGGGAUCACAUUGUUUGCUGUGGAGGAAUAUAUUAUCCUUACUCUCAUACAUGCAAGAGAUGCUGGAGGCUCUAUGGUGAUCCACACAUUUGGAGGUUAUUAUGGUCUUGCCAUAUCAUGGAUGCUAUACCGGCCGAACCUGGAUCAGAGCAGUCGUCUGCAGGGCUCAGUCUACCACUCGGAUGUCUUUGCAAUGAUUGGCACCCUCUUCCUGUGGAUGUUCUGGCCUAGCUUCAACUCAGCUAUCUCUUAUCAUGGGGAUGGGCAACACAGAGCUGCCAUCAACACUUACCUGGCUCUGGCCUCAACUGUGCUCACCACUGUGGCCAUAUCCAGCUUCUUUCAGAAGCAUGGAAAACUAGACAUGGUUCACAUCCAGAACUCUACUCUUGCUGGAGGUGUUGCAGUAGGAACAGCAGCAGAGUUCAUGCUGAUGCCCUAUGGCUCUCUUAUUGUAGGUUUCUGCUGUGGCGUCCUCUCAACACUUGGAUAUAUCUAUAUCACGCCAUUCUUGGAGAAGCGCCUGAAGAUCCAGGACACAUGUGGAAUCCACAACCUUCAUGCCAUGCCAGGAGUUAUAGGUGGCAUUGUGGGGGCCAUUAGUGCCGCAGGUGCAACUGUGGAUGUUUAUGGCCAUGAAGGGCUGGUUGAAACCUUUGACUUCAAGAAUGAGUUCGAACACAUGGUACCCACAAUUCAGGGUGGUCACCAGGCGGCAGGGAUGUGCGUGGCAAUAUGCUUUGGCAUAGGUGGAGGCAUCUUUGUUGGUGCUAUCUUAAGGCUACCUAUCUGGGGAGAUCCUGCAGAUGACAACUGUUUUGAUGAUGAGGUCUACUGGGAGGUGCCAGAGGAUGAGGAGAGCAUCCCACCAAUCCUGCAGUACAACAACCACAUGCAGAACAAAGAUAUGGCAGAGUCACAUUUUACCGUGGAUGCGGACUCCAGGUCUCGAUCUUAGUGGAUAUUUAUCAAACAUGGCCCAUUUGUUUCUUUACGUUCAUCUGAUACAAUUUAAUGAUCACUAGUCAGAACCAACUAUUUUUCAUACAGUGAUAUGUCUGUUAACAUGUUACGAUUGAACUGUAUAUUAAAAUCUUGGUUUUGUUUUAAUUAAAAAAAAACUAGCAAAGAAGUAAAAUAUUUUCUGCUAUGCAAACAUGUUCUAUUCAGUUUAAAUUAUUGGACAGUGAGUCAAAUAUUGUAUUCAGUGGUGGGUAUUAAAUUGAUUUGUCUCAUUUCAAACUUGAAACAGGUAAAUUUACUUAUGAUAAUUCUUAUUUUACAUGCACUAAUACCUUCAUUUAAAACUAACCUAAACUGUUAAAGAGAAAGAAAAAUAUUUUAAACCAAGUUUUGUAUUAUGCUUUGAACCCUGCUGAGAUUUGUAGUCUUCUACUGAAGCUUUCACAGCUUCUCCUGAUCUAAAUUAUUUUGGUCUGUGUGACGUAAUCCACUGCAGGCAAAAUCUGAAAAGAAUACACAACUUUUAGGAGAAUUUUUACAUUGAGAGCCAUUUAUCUUGUGACUGAUUUAUAGAUUAGAGAAAAACAGGAGUUGUGAUAUUUGUUUUGAUCUAGGUUAUGCUGUGACAUAAAAUAGAUUUCAUAUAUUAGGACAUCUUAGUCAACACUUUUUCUACUUGUAAUGAUUGCAAUUUGUCAUCAACAAUUUGCUAAUGCUAAAACAGGGCUGCUGAAGUAAUGUUACCAGAUCUUUUGAUAUUAUUGAUCUGAAAAUUGAUUUUUAUCAAAAGCUGAUAUUUGUAUGCGUAGACAUUAUAUACAGUAGAAUAUUUGCCAUACUGAUGUGAAAAUGUGUAAUUUUUGAAAUUAAGUUAUUAACGUGCUGUUGCAAUUAGUAUCCUGUGUCAGCUUGAUCUAUGUGUGGAUAAUUAAGUUUGUAUAUAUUUAGUAAUUGAAUACAUUUAGCCACUUUUGGGUGAAAUUUGUAAUAAAA